AUGAUGAUAGAUAGAAGCCUGGGAGGAGUGCCUUCUUAUGGAAAGCUUUUAAGGGAGAUUCUCUCCAAAAAGAGAAAAUUUGGUGAUCAAGAAAUGAUUGCAAUGACAAAAGAGUACCAGGCCCGGACACAUGAAGAAGAAAAGUUUCCUACCAAACAUAGAGAUCCGGGAAAAUUCACAAUCCCAUGUGUUAUUGGUGGCUCAACCAUCAAUAGAUCACUUUGUGAUCUAGGAGCAAGUGUUAAUAUAAUGCCCCUAUCUCUAUGCAAGAAGCUAAAUUUGGAGGAGCCACAACCGGUCCAAUUCACACUUCAAUUUGCCGACCCGUCAACAAAGAGCCCUAUUGGAAUUCUUGAAGAUGUCCUAGUCCGUGUGAAUAAGUAUUUUGUGCCUUGUGAUUUUGUUGUGAUGGAUAUUAGAGAAGAUCCAAACAUUCCAAUCAUCUUGGGGAGACCUUUCUUAGCCACAACGGGAGCUAUAAUUUAUGCAAGGAAAGGAUCAAAGAUUUUUAAUUUUGGAGAAGAGAAAGCUGCAUUCAAUGUUCUUUGGUGA